AUGGCUCACUCGAUAGAAGAGCAACGACUUGACCAGUCGGACAAUGCCUCCUUUAACCACGAGAAGCCCUCGGAGGUCACAGAAGAUGAGAGCCACUUUCCAACAGGCACUCGUCUUUUGGUGAUUGUCAUUUCAAUUUUGUUUGCUAUGUUCCUGGUAGCAUUGGAUCGCACUAUUAUCGCCACGGCAGUCCCCCGCAUCGCCAACCAAUUCAAUGCCCUCGACGAUAUCAGUUGGUACGCCAGCGCUUACCUCCUGACUAGUUGCGCUACACAACUCUCAUGGGGCAAGGUUUAUACAUUCUACUCCACCAAGACAGUCUUCCUAGCUGCAAUCCUGAUCUUCGAGGUCGGAUCAGCCCUAUGCGGUGGAGCCCCCAACUCCGACGCCUUCAUCGUCGGACGUGCGAUAGCAGGAGUUGGUUCUGCUGGAAUCUUCGCUGGCGCAACAGUCAUCAUUGCACAGAUCGUUCCGCUCGCUAAACGACCCAUCUACGUCGGACUUAUGGGUUCGACAUUCGGAUUUUCAUCCAUCAUCGGUCCCUUGAUGGGCGGUGCUUUCACAGACAAUGUAACAUGGCGCUGGUGCUUCUACAUCAAUCUUCCAAUUGGUGGAUUCACCAUGCUAGCCCUGUUCUUCUUCUUGACUGUCCCGCACACUCCCCAACCGUGCACCUGGAAGCGGCAGAUCCUCCGUCUCGAUCCACUCGGCAGCGUGCUCUUCCUCCCCUCAGUGAUCUGCUUCCUGCUCGCAUUGCAGUGGGGUGGCACAACAUACCCAUGGGGAAAUGGACGGAUUAUUGCUCUAUUCAUCAUUUCCGGAAUCCUCAUGAUUGCCUUCGUGGCCGUCCAGAUCUGGCUCAAGAAAGACGCAACUGUGCCUCCGCAUAUCUUUAACCAGCGAAGUAUUAUCAGUGGUGUCGUCUUCGCCAUGUGUGUUGGUGGUGGUCUCAUCUCCAUGCUGUAUACCCUGCCUCUAUGGUUUCAGGGAGUUCGCGGUACAUCUGCCGUGAAGUCUGGCAUCGACACGAUCCCCAUGGUCCUUGCUCUUGUGGUCGGGGCCAUCACCUCUGGUGGCAUCAUCACUGCGACGGGAUACUAUGUUCCGUGGAUGUUUGUAGCGACAGUUCUGAUGUCGACCGGUGCAGGUUUAAUGACGACCUUCAAGAUGGAUACCAACCACGCAGCGUGGAUUGGAUACCAGGUCUUGUUUGGUAUUGGAAUCGGUACCGGAUUGCAGCAGCCUUCAUUGGCGGCACAGACCAUCCUCCCCAUGGAGGAAGUCGCCAUCGGUGUCUCGCUUAUGUUCUUUGCUCAAUCCCUUGGUGGUGCUGUCUUCAUUGCUGUGGCUCAAUCGCUAUUCCAGAACUACCUCGGCGCAGAACUGCCUCAUAUCCAAGGAAUCGAUACGGCUAAGGUCUUGGCUGCUGGUGCUACGGGCCUCGUUGAUGCAGUGCCAGAGAACAAGCUUAGUGCGGUUCUGAUGGUUUACAAUGACGGUCUUCACCGGUCGUUCAUUGUUGCGGUGGCGGUUUCUUGUCUGAUGAUCAUCCCGGCCUUGACGAUGGAAUGGAAGACGAUCAAGAAGGACAAUGUGUCUGUUCCAGCUGCUUAA